AUGGAGAUGAUGUUCAAAGGGGAGGGUACAAAAUCCAGAGGGGGAUGGAGGAGAGGGCUUUGGUUGGAACCACGAGGGCACUCCUGGUGUUGGUAUUUUGGGGGUCUCACCCUGGACAGUCACUUUUGCCAUGGGUUGGUGCCGUUGUCAGUGUUCUCCCACUGUGAAUGCGGAGCGAAAGAAUCGCCCCACGCCAACAGAAAUCGAAACUGCCGGGGUUUGCAGCAGAGCGUGCGGCUCGGGGCUAGGAACACGCGUGGGUUGGAAUCCCCGGGUGGCUGCGAGCAGGGGCUGCUGCCCUGCCGGCCCCUCCGGGCCAGAGGGACCCUGUCCCACCCUGCCCCGCAUCCCGGGCACCACCGCUCCUCCGUGCGGCCGGGGGGGCCGGGCGGCCUCCCCCGCGGGGCCGGGGCUGGGCCGGCGGCGGUGCCGUGUCCCGUCCCCCCCGCGGCGGCCGGGCCCGUCCCCUCCCACCGUGGAGCCAAGUUCAAACCGCGGGCCCCGGCGCAGCGGGACGGGGCCGGACCGGGCUCCCCGGGACCGCCGCAGGGGCCGCGCCCGCGGGGCUCCAUGAUUUUCCCCCGGGUGCUCUCCUGUGCUGUUCUGCUGCUCCUGCUGGUGGCCGUGCUGAGCAGAGGCAGGAGGUGCAGCAUCGCCAAAAUCCUGCGGCAGUACCGCGCCGUCAUCUUCCAUGAGAUCCAGAACCUGAGGAACCUGACUGGCUCGGUGCACAGGAGCGGGAGGGCCGGGCCCGCUUGUCGUUCGGACAAGGACCAGAAGAUCCUGUUGUCCAUCUACAACAUCAGCAUGUCCCUGCGGGAGGUGGGGGCCGGCACCCUGCAGGGCCCCGAGGAGCUGGCGGUCUGGAGGGUGGCCAGGAACACCAACUUUGUGCUCCGGGAGAACUGCAGGAAAAUCAGCAAGAGCCCACCGCGCAGCGCCCCGGCCCCGCCGCGGCACGGAGCCGCCGGCCGCAGGAGGAAGCAGCUGCGGGAGAUCGGCAGGAAGGCGGAGAGGCUGGCGACAUGCUGGGAGAAGCUCAAUGCCCUGCACGCUCCCCGCCAAACAUCCUGGGACUCGUAGGGACGCCCGCGCCGCACGCCGCGGGGAUGCGCUGCUCCAGCCCCGGGGCUGCCUCUGCCUUGUUUGGGAACCUGGGACAAAGUCAGCCUUGAGGGCAGAGGGGCUGCUGCCAGCAGGUGCCCCAGCUGAAUUCAUCCUCCUGCUCCAAGCGGUGCCCAGGCACCCCGUCCAGCACUCCUGGCUGGGGCUGGCAGGCUGGUUUGCUGUGGGAUGGCUGUGGCUGACACCUGGAGCACCAGGAACACUGGGAAGAAGAAGGGAAAAAACCAAAAAGAGAAGGCGAGGUGUGGAUUCUUAGUUGCUCCUGGCCCUGCAGCACCUGCUGCUCUCUUGAGGACAAUGGGUGUGUUUUGGGGCAGAACGAGGACAUGUGGGGCCAUGGCUCUGCCCUGGGGGCUCUGCUGGAGGUGAGGCCACAGUGCACCUGCAAGGCUCUGAGGUUAUUAGGGCUGUGCACGGGGACAGGUGUCCCUGAGGCACUGCUGGGAUGUGCAGAGCAGCCGGGCACCCACAGGGGACAGGGAAGUAAAGGUUCAUCUCUGGGUACCUGGGGAAGCCUGGGCGGUUAUGAUAUCCAAAAAUGCCAGGCAGUGUGGGGGCUUGAGGCCAAGGCUCAGCCUCGGUGACAGGCAGCACUGUGGAGGGAACGGGGUGCUUGGCACUGUGGGUGCCCCAGCAGGGAGGGAAUGGUGGGGUGUGGGGUGAGGUGAAGUGAAGAGCAUCCUCCCUUGUCACUGUGCUCUGCCAGCACCCUGCCUGUGGCCUCCACUGCUUUGUUGGGUUGCAAACAGCCUCUGGGAAGCCAGAAA